AUGUGUCUCUUCUUUUAUUUUGGGAAGUCUCAACAAAAUAAUUAUUAUUCGUUGAAAGGUAUGGAUAUGACAAAGAACAAUUGUAAUGAUGAUAAGAAGACAGUUUCAAAACAUCAGAAUGUUGAAAAUCAAAAUUUCAAUGAGUUCAAUAUAACUCAAGCACAACUUCCUCGACAUGAACAAAAAAAUAAAAUUUCUAUGAUGCACAAUAUGUACAAUGAAAAGAACAGCAUGAAAAGUAUGUCGACAAUAUUUGAAGAUGAAAAUGAUGACAAUGAGGAAUGGAUUUCCAUUGAUGGAGAUAAUGAUCACGUAUGGAUUUUAUAUGGUGACAAUAAUGAUGAAGACGAAGAUAAUCAGUUAAGUCAUCAUCAUAAAGAGCCAGAGGGAUUAAAAGAUCUCGACUGGAAUAAUGUACCAAAUUUUAUUCGUCACCUGAACUAUAGUCACUUGAAAGUACAUGAACGUCAUAAGACUCACUAUGAAAAUUGUACUAUACUAUCUAUUCGACGUAAAUCGAUCACUAGGAACAUUAUUAUCAGAUUACCAUACAAGGGUACUUCAUUUUACUUUGGUUCCGAAAAAGAUUUUCAACAAAAAGGAGUCGAUUAUAUGAAACGAACAGGUGCUUACAUAUGGAUACAUAAAUUAGAGGGUGUUCAUAGCAAUGGCAGUCAAACAUGUCUAGCCGAAAUGGUUGAAGCAGUCGAAAUCAUAUUGGAUAAUUUAUUUGAUUCAAAUUGUAUCAAUCAAGCAUAG